GGUUGACGUUGUCGUUUUUUGUUUAUGUUGAACGUUUUCGGAAAAGUCGGCUGUUUUCCCCCGUCUUGCCAGCCAUGAAAAGCUUAUAAAAAGCUAAAUAUAAAAAUCAGCUCAGCGCGGCCAAACACACAGUGAGUUCUUUGCUCGGUGCAUUUUUUUUCAUGUCGAUGGAAAAUAUGUGAGUCGAGACAGGAACGGAACGCAGCAGAAACGCAUCUUGUAUGUGUGUAUAUGUAUAUAUGCAACGGUGUGCCUGUGUUUGCAUUUGUGUGCGAGUGGCUGGUGCAAGGGAAAAUCCUUAUUAUAAAUGAAAACUGGUGAAAUGUACGACAACCAACUCCCACUUGUACGUGUGCGGGGUGCGCAGUGAAGAAGGGUGUUUACCUCUGUCCGAUUUCCUGUGUGUGUUUGAGUGCAUGUGUGUGUGUGCGUGCCAGAUAGACUCGAAUUUCUGUUGGUUUUUUCCGUCCGUUGGAGGAUAUUAGUGUCGCAGGACGGCAUUAGCCGCAAAAGGUUAAUAUGCUUGCAGACAUCCAUUAAUUGCGCAAAAGGUCACAAGUUAGACACUACGCAAUGUGGUAGGGGCUAUUUGGUGGGUGGGACGGACGGGAGCCAGAGGCUGCUGGUGCGAAGAACAAAGAGGACGAAAAACACUACGGGGUGAAUUCGUCGCGCGGCGAAUUCGGAUCGGAAACGAGAGCGGGCAUAGAAAAGGAGCAAAGGAGCAAGCAAAAAGUAAGGACUGUCGCCAACCGGCAAAUUGGUAAUUAUGUCAGCGGCGGAACUUGAGGCGGAAGCUGCCGCAAAGGAACAGCAGCCAGAGCAGCAGCAAUCCCACAGCGAGCAAACACACACUGCCAACGCGGAGACUUUAAGCACCACAAACAACUACAAAGAGAAUGUGGAUAUUGACCAGCAGCUUCAGCUACACGCCCAGAUGCAACAGCAACAGGAGGGGGACAACGGACUGGCCGGCCUGGGCCUGAGCCUGAUGCAGAACUCGCCACCGCCGCACAGCUAUCGUCAUUCACGAGCCUAUCGCCAUUUUAAAAACCCGCCGCAGCCGCACAUGUGCAUCCGCACAACCACUGAGACGGGCGAGGAGCUGUUCAUCAACGUCCUUAGCUGGACGCGUAUUGUGAUACCGCAGGAGCCCAGUGAUCCCAUACCCCUAUAUGGAGGCAUGCGCGUGCCGCCUGGCAGCCCGCGUAGCCCGCCCAUUGUCUUUGCUGUGAUGGCCAAUCCAGAGGUCCUCAAGGACUCUGGACGCCACAGCAAAGAUCCAGAGGAGCGACGCGCAAUGGUUGAGCUAAUGUGCGACUUUGUGGAGGCUAUGAAUCCCGGCGUGAAACUAGUCAGAAACGCUGUCAUACUCAAAGAUCGGGACAUUUCUGGCGAGUUGAAAGAUGUCUGGAAUGCCGUGCAGGCCCAGCGGGACCGCGAGCGGGAGGAGCAAAUGCUCCAGCAGCGACAGCAGCAGCACUACCAGAACAUCACCACACAGCAAAUGUUUCCCAAAUCGCCAGAUGCGGCACGAGCUGCAAGUGCUGGCGCCGGCGUAAACGAAGCCAACUCUCCACCAGCUCACAUUGGUGAGCCGCUGAUGGCAGAGCAUGGAAAUAUCAGUGCCAAUGGCAUCACUUUGGCAGUGUUUGCACAGCAGCUGGAUAACAAAGUGGCCAGCGAGCAGACGGAACAGCAGCAGCAUGUGGAGUCGCUGCCAACGAUUGAGGAUGCCUGUGUGGAUCAAACGGAUGCUGGAGGCAGCUCAGGGGCCAAUACGAAUGGCUCAACGACCGGCAUGGACAGUCAACAGGCGGCGGAGACCGAACCAGAGCUUAAGAACGCCACACCCGUGGCUACCAAUGGAGCCGGCACUCCCACAACAAGCGCUUCAACGCACAUGCCAGCUGCCACGCCACCGACUACGGUCGCACCCACACCCACACCCGUAGCAGCUGCACCAGCCAAGAAGGAGAAACUUGGAGGCUUCCUGCCCAACGGCUGUAUCUUCCCGCGCUUCAAGAACAACAAGCACAAGGACAAGGACAGCAGUCACAAGGAGGGCAAGAGCAAAGAGAAGACCCUCCUGAAUGCCCUCAAGAAGAGCAAAGAGAAGAAGGUGGCUCCCAGCGAGCAGGCGGCUGGCGAGAAGGCUGCCGCCUCAUCGGACAAUGGCACCACGCAGUACGAGAAGAACUGCAUCAACAAUCUGGAGUGCGAGGUGCAGAAGCUUGAUCUGAACGGCAGCAACAACGACACAAAUAUGUUCAUCAAGCUAAAAGUGUCAUCGGCCAGCGCCACAGCAGCUACCGCGGCCAAGUAGGAGGGGAGGGGUGCAGAUGAUUUAUACUCAACAUUUUGUAGGUAAGUUGGCGUGGAAUAGGAGGGAGGGACACCCAAGCCCAGGCACUCACUAGCAUAGUGGUGGCUCCACAGAGUAGGGAUCGUAGCUUCUGGAGAGAGAGAGGGUCAGGGUCUGUAGGAGUCACUGUUGUAGCACGUAGGGUUAGAGUCGUGUAGCAUAUACAAGAUUUAUAUAUACAGAAUACGUUUAUAUAUAUACAACCCACUUAUACACGUUGAAUCGGUCAAUUUUUGGAUACAAAAUCCAGCCGCAGACUCGAAAAAGAACCAGAACUACUCGUAGAACAGUUGUGCCAUGCUCCCCAUGCUCAUAGACAUACAUAGACGAUGACAUACACUAGCAGAAUCUUCCCCAGAAUCGGCAUUUAACUGAGAAAUGAUAAACGUAUUUAUAUAGUUCGAUAUACAGAUGUUUGCCUUAUAUACAAGAUGUCCCCACAGAGAGAGAUAGAGAGAGCGAUAGAGUCCUAAAACCCC